CGCCGAGCACACGCGCCGCGCUCCUCCGUCGUUCGGCGCUCGAACUCGCCCGACUCGAACCUGUCCUUUUUUUAGUGCUCUUCAGGGAAAUUUAUCGCCUUUUGGUGGAAGGUUUCUGGUCUUCACGUAGCUUGCUAUGAGAACUGGACGAAAAUAAGAAUAUUUGGGAGACGUGUUUGCAUUUGUGGUGAACUCUGAAGAUCUUGAGGAACAUAUCGAGUUACAUGCGUCGCGGUAUGAGAGGACGACCAUCUUCGCGACGACUUCAACGCGACCUUUAAUUAAGGGAAGAGGAACUUCAGCAGUCUGGUGGUUCUUGGGAGAUCAGCCUCAUUUGAGAUUUCGCCUCGAAGGACAAGCAACACAGUCAACAGAAAGGCAACAGGCACAGCAAACAAGAUGAGGACGAUCACGUGGGCGUUCGCGUGGGCGCUUCUAGCCGCGUGGGCGUGUCCUACGAGCCACGCCUCCUCGCCGAUCAGGAUCUCCGCCUACCCUUUCUCGGGCUACGGCAGAAGGCUCCCCGUGGAUCCGUCGGAGAAGGAGAGACCCAGGCGGAAUGCGACCUUCGUGGUGCCCGACUCCCAGGUCGGCGUCCCGGGGAACAACACAAGCGAAGAAAAGGAAGAAGAACAAACGAGAACGAACGACGCAGAAGGAGACGCCGGAGAAGGAACGUCGUCGGGAGAAGAAGAAGAGGGAGAGACGGAGAGAACAGGAGAGGAAGGGGAAGAACGAGUGGGACGAGAGGAGAGCGUUCUGUCGGUGAACAGGAUGGGGAUUCCGGCGAGAGUGAGCAGGAGGAAACUGCCGUCGAGGCCGCGCGGACCGACGGCUCGGAUUGCCAAGCCUCAGGAGGAGACGACCCACCGCAACCUGCCUCGGCCGCCCUCCAUCCGCCCUCCUGCCAUUCCUGAAGCCGAUGGUUUCGGGCCGCCCUCCACGCCCUUAGGAGCAGUUAAGCCUCCUGCGCCGCCCGUUGGUCUUCCGCCCUCCACUCCCCCGCCCACUCUGAUUGGAACCACCUUCGGUCCUCCUGCUAUACCCAUUCCCAUUAGCUCGCCUUCCCCGCCGCCGGGAGCCGACAGGACCCAGGUCACAGACAUCAAAUGCAUCGACACGGGCUCUGCCAGCUCCUUCAUGGCGGUCCUGAACCUCCCCGUCGGGUACAACGCCAUUCCCGUAUUCGAGGACCGCCCUACCGUGGACCCCACCAUCAACACGGCCUGCAGGAUGAUCCCGACGCAGAUCACAAACGACAUGUUCCAGCUGGUUGUGCGGGACCUGGAGCGAUGCGGCGUCCAGCGCUGCCGUCAGCCGAAUGGCGAAACGUGGUUGUGUCUCAACCUGAGGUUCCCGCUGGUGAAUGGCCUGAAGCUCCCGGAGGACGAGAUCAUCCAAAUCAAGUGUCGGCCGCAGGACAAGAUGGCCCAAGACACGCAUGUGCUGACGGUAGCCACGGCAAUGUACGCCGCUAAAGGGGCAAUCAAGCACCCCAGCGACCCUUCAGUGUUCGAGGGCGGCCAGCAGGAGUUCAUGUGCGAGAUCGGCCUCUUCAGGAAGCUCCGCGGCACCAACCUCUUCGCCGACCAGGUCACGUCGCAGGUGGAGCUCGAGCUGGGCGAGGAGGUGCAGCUCCGCUCCAUCGUGCGCAACGGAGACGGCUGGCAGUACAGUCGGCUGACCACGAUCAUCAUCCAGAAAGUGGGCGCGCCGAGGGAGAGGUCGCUGCUGAGUGCCGCUGACCUGGUUUUCGCCGACGGCUGCAGGAACCCCACGUACAGGCUGAUCGCCCGCGAGCACCCGAAGCGAGACCCGAGGAACCCGCUCAUCAACAACUUCACCUUCAGAGUCUUCAUGUUCCAAGACAUGGAGGUCGGAGACAACCUCAUGAUCACCGCCAACGUCAUCGGCUGCGUCGAUGCGGAGGACUGUGCGGCGGUGAACUGCGAGGGCGAACUCGGCGAGGACACCCUGGGCUUCGGCAAGAGGAAGAAGCGCGAGGUGCGUCACUUCAGCUUCACCGAUAGAUAG